GAGAGCUGUGUGGAGAAGGAACUCCCGGAGGGCGGAAUGGGCGCUGGCUGCCAGCCGGGCCACCUGGGGAGGCUGUGGAGGUGAGCCAGGAACAGGGGCCCCUGCCUGAGGGGAGAGUUGUGGCUGAAAUCCUGCCCAUGCCAAGGUAUUGUGCCCACAUGGCAGGGGUGAAGGGCCCUUCUUGGCAGGAGGGCCGUUCUUGUCCAAUACGCACAAAGGUGCAGGUUGUUUGCUAAGACCGUUGAGCAGCAGUGCGUGGUGUGCAAGGCCAGACCGAGGAGUGGAAGAGCGGUCACUGUCCUCACGGAGGCGGCAGGGGCCCUGGGGAACGGAGUGGAUGGGGACAUGGUUCAGAUACAAGUGACUAAAAACUUGGAAGUUUCGCCGCAGAGCCGCCGGGGCGAGAAGAGAAGGUCUGCAGACUUCGCCAAACACGGAUGUCCUCCAGCGAGCUGCCGGCAUUUCAGGCCUGGUGAAGGAGACGGCGAAGGUUGUGUGAGACAGCCAUCAUUUGGGGUCAUCUACCUAAUAGGUCCAAGAGGUGGGCCAGCCAUGAGAGGGUACCUUGUGGCCAUAUUCCUGAGUGCUGUCUUUCUCUAUUAUGUGCUGCAUUGUAUAUUAUGGGGAACAAACGUCUAUUGGGUGCCACCUGUGGAAAUGAAGCGGAGAAAUAAGAUCCAGCCUUGUUUAUCGAAGCCAGCUUUUGCCUCUCUCCUGAGGUUUCAUCAGUUUCACCCUUUUCUGUGUGCAGCUGAUUUUAAAAAGAUUGCUUCCUUGUAUGGUAGCGAUAAGUUUGAUUUGCCCUAUGGGAUAAGAACAUCAGCGGAAUAUUUUCGACUUGCUCUUUCAAAACUGCAGAGUUGUGAUCUCUUUGACGAGUUUGACAAUGUGCCAUGUAAAAAGUGCGUGGUGGUUGGUAAUGGAGGAGUUUUGAAGAAUAAGACAUUAGGAGAAAAAAUUGACUCCUAUGAUGUAAUAAUAAGAAUGAAUAAUGGUCCUGUUUUAGGACAUGAAGAGGAAGUUGGGAGAAGGACAACCUUCCGACUUUUUUAUCCAGAAUCUGUUUUUUCAGAUCCCAAUCACAAUGAUCCUAAUACUACGGCGGUUCUCACUGCUUUUAAGCCGCUUGAUUUAAAGUGGCUGUGGGACUUGUUGACAGGUGGCAAAAUAAACACUAAUGGUUUUUGGAAGAAACCAGCCUUAAACUUGAUCUACAAACCUUAUCAAAUCAGAAUAUUAGAUCCUUUCAUUAUCAGAAUGGCAGCUUAUGAACUGCUUCACUUCCCAAAAGUGUUUCCCAAAAAUCAGAAACCCAAACACCCCACAACAGGAAUUAUUGCCAUCACGUUGGCCUUUCACAUAUGUCACGAAGUUCACCUUGCUGGUUUUAAAUACAACUUUUCUGACCUCAAGAGUCCUUUGCACUAUUAUGGGAAUGCCACCAUGUCUUUGAUGAAUAAGAAUGCAUAUCACAAUGUGACAGCAGAGCAGCUCUUUUUGAAGGACAUUAUAGAAAAAAACUUUGUAAUCAACUUGACUGAAGAUUGACUCUACAGACUCAGAAGACUAUGCUAACAGUAUUAGUUUUAUUUUUAUACGGCAGUUUUUAGUUUAUUUUUAAAUAUGUUGGAUGCACUUGUCAAAAAAUUGUGUAUAUUAAGUCUGUUGCUGCCUGGUGAUUCAUAACCACCAGCUUAAUUUCUGUGAAUAUAUUUAAUUUAUAAAAACCAAGAUAUGUUUAGUUAUCAGGGAAAGUUUUGAUUGCAUUGUUUUUAAAACAAGCUAGUUUUCCGAAGUGUUUCUAAACAUCUUUUUAUAUAGACUUCAUCUUAGACUUUUGAGGGGAUGUGACUUCCUAAUAAGGGGCUUUAGCUGACCACAAUUUUUGAACACAUUUGGCUACUCUGAAUUAGUGGGGCAUGGCCAUGUGGUUGUGCCUUGAUACAGCAGACUGGAGCCACUUUCGGCAUGUAGCUACAUGAUUGUGUUGUACCUGAGGAAACAGAUUUGAAUCUUAAAGCAGCCCUGAACACAGCACUACGUAUGGUUAUGGAAAUCUAAGAUCAGACUGGUUUCAUUAAGCUUUUUUUGUCCUGCAAUUAAGUAAACCAUGAUUGUAAUGAGUAAUCUGGUAAAAGGAAGGUGUGUUUUUAAGGUAAAGGAAAUGGACUAAACAUGAAAUUCUGGACGAGUAAAUAAGCUAAGAAUGCCACUUACCAAAGCCUGGCGACUGCAUUAUUUUAAAGCUCAUACAAGGUAGCAGAGCUCGGCAAGCUUAAGGAAAGCAUUAUUAAAUUUUUUUGCCUGGCCUAAUAUAUUAAAAUGUGAAAGUUUACUAUUGGAAUUAAAUUAGAAAAAAUGAAGAUAAAUCCUUGAGACUCCUCCUCAAGCUGUUUCUGGAUUUAAAUGGGACUUUCAUGAGAGAUUUCAACUUCAAAGGGGAAGGCUUACCUGGCUACCUAGGCUGCAUCAGAGAAGAGUGCUGCUGGAUGCAAACAAGUCAAAACCAACCCUUCGAACAAAUGUGAGCUAGUGUCCCUUCUCAUUUAAACCAGCCCAUGGCUAUGGGGAGGGAAAAAGGAAGAGAAGAGAAUUACAAGAAGGAUGGAAUUAAAAGUUCUUAGAAGAGGUAAGAGUUGAAAGAACUGUUAUCUUUUGAACAAUAAUUAUCACUGGGAGUCACGCUGGUGUUACUGGGAACCAACCAGCCUCUCUAAAGAUUAUGUCAAACGCAGUAGAAGAGGAGAGAAAACUCCUAGUUGAUGUAAGCCAGAUCUACACAUGAAACCUGGACACUGUUCUGUUAGCACCAGCACACUUGCACAGUACCAUGAUCUCACUGGAUUCCUCCAGUAACUGAGGUGGAAAACAUGGGUGUUCGUGUGACCCUGCCCUCCUACCACACAGCCAGAGUUCACAGCCUGGCUGCUCAAUUUCAAUCUGUGAACUAAUUUAGGCUUCAAAAAUGGAUGGUCCUGGCUGUAGUAAAAAUAAAAAACCACUGGUAGCAUUUUCAAAUGUUCCUAUAAGGUUUAGAAUAAUGGCAGGACAAUUUCUGACUGAUGCUAAAACUGAGAAAUCUGGCAUUUUGUGUAGUGUGAGAGAAGGCUACAAACUUCAACAUGGUUUUAUAUAAGCCCAAGGAAAGUCUCAGCAAGACACAUAUAUACAAUUUAUUAAAAACACAUGAACACAUUAAGAUCUCACUAUUUAUACAAUCUAGAUUCUAGCAACAUAUACACAUACUGAGUGACUACAGUACAUGCCGAGGUAAGAAAAGUACAUUCCGGGAGAAUAUCACUGACCCUCAAGCCAUUUUUAUUUCCAAUAUGUAUUUCGAUAGGUUUUGUUUCCACCUUUCCCAGUGCCAAAAAAAAAAAGAAAAA